AUGCUGAACAAACAAUAGUCAAUGAAAGAGGGAGGUACGGAACCAUUGCCGCUCCAGGUGUCGCACGAAACACACGGGGCACUUCGCUGUCGAUCCGUCUCGAUCUGGAUCAACGUCGGUCGAUGUCAUCACAUUGUUUCCUCGAUCUACAAACCAAGACGAUGUGAUCGCUUUGAUUCGCAAUUUCAACGCUGUAGUCAUUUGGAAACUGCGGAUGCCACUCAGUUUGUCAUCAUCAUCUCGGAGUGUCACCUUGCGUUUGUGCCGUUGCCCCACAACUUCAUUACGUCAUUUAUAUGUACCGAGGUGACCAGAAUGAAGCAAACCCUCAGCUGUUAAGAUGAUUCAUUGGAGAAAAAACUCCAGACAUAUUCGAGACAAAAGCAACACUGUCAACACAGAAUUACCAACAAUGACACGUCUGACAAAGAGAACUUUUACCCAGACCGAAUGACUACAGGCGAGACAGACUUAAUAGGAUCUAAUAAAUUGGACAACAGAUAGCAGCAUAGUGGAAUAUUCAAGCCUUGAGAUGGAGGUGGAACGGCCGGAAGUCGCAGAGGAAGAGACCUUCUCCAAGGGUGGACAGGACAACCCGGAUGGCAAGAAGAGCCGGGGUCACACUUGUGAACUCUGUGGAAGAAGUUUUCCUUUCCUUAGUUCCUUGUCCCAGCACAUGAGAAAGCACACUGGGGAGAAACCAUACAAAUGUCCUCACUGUGAUCACCGCUCAGCCCAGAAGGGUAGCUUAAAGACCCACAUUCGCAGUCACAAACUGGAAGGCCUCAGCCAGAGCACUGGCGGCGAGGAGGAAGAUGUAGAUGAGGAGGGGGAAAAGGAAGGAGGGGUGCCAGAAGAUCAAGGUGGUUGCUCCAGUCCGACUGAGAGUACCUCAGCCUGCAACAAGGUUGUGAGCGGUGAAGAGGCGACCAAAACAAGGAAGAAAGGUGGGAAGAAGGAAAGAACCUCCGGUGAGAAUGGCAAACAGUCAAUGCAGUGCUCUCAGUGCAGAAAAAGACUGUCAAGUCAGGCAGAGCUUGAACAGCAUAUGCAGGAGCUUCACAAGGUCUUCCAAUGUGAACUGUGCCCUUAUGAGACCUUGCAGGAGGACCAACUGCAGGAUCACAUUGAGAAGGUACAUCCUAUUGAGGAGGAAUCUGUCACCAAAGAAGUCUCUACCAGCGAGGAAGGUGACGGUGUACUUGGUAAAGGCGAGUUCCCUUGUGAACAAUGUGACCAGGUGUUCACCCAAGCCUGGUUUCUGAAAGCUCACAUGAAGAAGCAUCAAAACAGUCUGGAUCAUGGUUGCCGGAUCUGUGGGCGGCGUUUUCGUGAGCCCUGGUUCCUACGGAGCCACAUGAAGACGCACAACACCAAGGUAAAACCAAAGAGUGACUCUUACCUUCCAGCUACUGUCAACGAGGUGGCGCAGGAUGAGUCCAACUUGGUGAAUGAAGUGUGUGUGUAUGAACUCUGUGCCAAGUGUGGUAACUUCUUCCAUGACCGCCAGAGCCUGCACCUGCACGAGCAGGUCCACAGAAAUAUUGAGCAGCCUCCUAACAAUACCUUCUGCAGUGAAAAGGACUUCACAUCUGCCACCAAGACAAGCUUCUUGGAAAGCCUAAACUUAAAACCAGCAGGAAAGGAAGAGAACCCCAUUGAAGGAACUCUAGGGAAAAGAAUUCCAGAGCUCGAUCCAGUAAGUAGCUACCAGGCUUGGCAACUGGUCACCAGAGGCAAACUGGUGGAGGUAUCUGAGAAGAGCCUGGGUUGGGAAGAGAGGUUAGCCGAUGCAGAUGUAGCAUACGACAGGGGAAAGGGCGAGUACAUCUUGACCAGACAGGACAAGCGGAAGAAAUCACUCGAUGCCACUGUGAGUAUCCCAACCAAGAAACGGAGAGGGGCUGGAACCCAAGGCUCCAACACAGAUCAGCACAGCAAUGGAGAAACAAACAGCCAGGUCCUGACAGGUGAGCGAAGCCCUGAGAAUCUGAGUGACUCAGAGUACCGGCCUACUUCUCGUCCUAGCCGUAAGAAUUCCCAGAAAACCUCAGAGUGCUUGGAGUGCGGAAAGGGCUUCCGCACACAGCAACAGAUGGUGAUCCACAUGCUCAUCAGACAUGGUGGCUUGGGUGAAACCAUUGGUGGAAAUGGACUGUUCCGUAAAGCAGCUUCCAGCCCAUCUAAAGCAGGGGAAUCAGCAGGACACUUCAGGGAUCAAAGACGGACAGGGUUAUUUGGGGACACAGAUAAAAAGCCAUACACCUGUGAGCACUGUGACUUUUGCACCUCGGAGCCCUCGGCCAUCGCUGCCCACGUCCAAACACAUCAUUUGGCGAUUAGGGACUGGGGCCAGAGGAGUGAUGCCUUAACCAGCUCACUCAGCCAAAGCCAAACUCACCAAACGAGCCACACAGGCUUCCCAAGGCUGAGAAAUGCCCUUCUGCAGCAGCCCUACUGGCCCUACACCACCUCAACUCACCUGGAGAGGGCAGCACUGAGCGACGCCGCUUCAAAGACGGAGGAUGAAAAGAGCAAGGGGUUGAAAGAAAGUAGCUCCACUGAUAAAGUGGAUGCUAAUCUGCUUAAUCUCUCCAUUGAAGUGGAUAAGAACGAAAAAGAAGGGGUUUCUUCAACAUUUUUGAACAGUUUGGUGAGACACCAGUGUCCUUAUUGCUCUUAUGCAACACUGUAUCCAGAAGUUCUCUGGAUCCACCAACGAAUUGCACACAAAGUAGACAGCACUACGUUGGUGCCUAAGUGGGCCCCAAGGAACGGCCUCAAGGGACCAAAAUCGCUUCUUGAUUUCAAGAGACGCACCGGGCCACCUCCGUUUCUGGAGGGUAAGGACUGCCCGUCUCUGCCACAGAUGAGAGCUUCCCGCACGAGUCCACCUGAUUGCAGCCCUGGAGGGACAAAGAAAUCAAAACCUCAGACAAGUAGCAUAGAGUCCAGCUCUUCGCAAAGCAAGAGCUGGCACGCGGCCACAGCACCAGGGGCACAAUCUCACUCGUCCAAACAUAAGACCAGCAAGUCCAGGACGAGUGAGUUGGCAGGCAGUAAACACAAAGCAGACGUCCAUCAAAAUAGCUCAUCGCGGCUCAUGGCAAGUCCUCAGAAGACUGGAACCCCAAAGACAGGAAGCAGAGUGAUGGAGAGAAGUCUGCUACCUCAAGAAGGACUUCAUUUUAUGCUCUCUAGCAAACACAACCUCUCGGAUCAGAGGGGCUCCAAAGCCCAUGCUCCUCAGACCCCUGGCAGGUCGGAUUCUCAAGCUCAGGAUACACCGUCCGUGGCUGGGUAUGACCCCUGGAGCAGACUUGGCUCGAGCGGCCCAUCCUCUCACUCCCAGUCCAAGAGACAGUCAAAGGCUGAUGGUCCAGAAGCUGUGUCGGACAUCAUGAGUUUCUUGAAGAACUGCAGUCCUCAUGAUUUAGCUGCCCUCUACCACCACUGGGGCUUCAGCAACGCCAUUGCAGAGCAAGCAGGGUUGGCGAGGUCAGGGUCUCAGCAGGGGGAGUAUGUGUGUCCGGUGUGCAGGAAGAGCUUCAACCAGCCCAGCCAUUACCGCACACACAUGAGAUCACACACAGGUGAGCGACCUUUCCAGUGCCGGUACUGUCCUUACAGCGCCUCGCAGAAAGGUAACCUGAAGACUCAUGUCCAGACCGUGCACCGUCUAGCCUUCGACAACGCACAGUACCCAGACAGGAGACUCCGCCAAGCCCCUACCAAUGAACCCACGGACCCUUCCGGAUCUCACUGAACAUCCCCACCUCCUCACGACCAGCUCAAAUGAAGAAUGAAAUCUAUAAAAAGUCCAUCAAAAACUGUUUGAUGCACAAAUACGGCAUUCAAGGAAGACUUUGUGUAACGUACGGCAUUGGAUUUGUUCGUGUUUUUAGAUUAGUUUGAUGGGAAGUGUUUCCUUUUUUAUUUUCACCUGACACAAAGCUCUAGAUUAAAACGAAACUACGCAGAACAGGCCGACGACAUGUUUGCAACAUGUUUACACACCUCCUUUAUCCAGAACUUGCAAAACACUUGAGGGCUAAAGCCUUGGCAACACGAGGUCAAAGCUGAUGGAGUAUGACAGUGAGCUGCGUUUUCAAACCCAAGGACUUCAGCUGAUCCCCUAAACUUGAAAUGCUGCCUCCGAGUUCCCCCGAAUGACUAGUUGUUCAACAAAAUAGCCUUAGUCCGCAACGAGUGUAGUUUGUGCGUGUGUGUGCGAUUGUGUUUUCCACAUUCUAUUUCUCAGGACUUGAGUUAGAUGAAAUUCCAAAGCCUGCAUUCAUUCACACCAGUGCAUAAUUGCACGCGAAGGAGACAUGCAAUGAAGUUCAGUACUUAAGUUUGAGUUUUGCUGAUUAUAGGCAUAUAUAAUAUAGAUGUGUGUGUUUUGUCACUGGUUGGACAAACACUUGGCACUAUAAUCAAAAUAUGUCCUAUAAACACUUUUGUAUUGUGCUAUACCUGGGAUUUAAAGUAUUUAUGUAAGCGCAGUUGUAUUGUUACAUGGGUUUCUACUUGUGGAUAGUGUCAUAUUCAUAAACAACCUUUCUGAAGAGUUUAAGGUAAAGACACAUGCCAUAUUUUACGUUAGUGUCAUCUGAUUGGUCCAACAAAGUCAGGAAUAUUAUUUGUCUGCGCUUAAUUUUCAAUGUGUUUCUCCUUUUUUCCAUCAAAUAUGUUUGCCUCAGUGGAUUAUAAAUAAUUGUAUUUCAAGAAAA